AUGUCGAACCUCAACAACCUCCUCAAUCCGGAGACGAGCAACGAAUACAAUCUCAGAGUCCAGAAGUCCCGUUCUCCCAGCAGCACUUCCUCUCCCAUAGAAAAUACCGACGAGCAAACUGCCACAGAGCCAGUGUACUAUACCCCAACAGAGAUUACUAUUACGCCUCAUGAACCACAUCUAAACUGUCCCAACGCUCUUACUUGUCUCCAAGAGACCGAUGGCCGACCACAGCACACACUUCCUGUCAUUUUACGCUGUGCUAUCCUGGGCAGCCCAAAAAAGCGUCUGACCAUCCGGGAGAUCUACGCCGCGAUGGAGAAGAAAUACCCGUACUACAAGACCGCAGGACCCGCCUGGAAGCAAUCUGUCCGACACCAUUUGUCGCUGAAUCGACUAUUUGAGCGCCAACCCCGUCCUGCCACCGAUCCAGGAUUUGGCUCUUACUGGACUGUCAACCUUGAUGCUCCACCUGGUACGAAGCGGCCGCGCAAGAGAGGUCGCGCUAACAAAGAGGUUCCUCCCGGAGGUGCUCCGGUAGCGUCUACGUCGCAAAAGCGCGUAAAGCACCAGAAGUCCAAGGAAAUGCAGGAGAAGCUCCCCGAGCCGACUUAUUCACCUAUCGCGACUUUGCGUCCCGUCGAUAGUCGCUCGUUUAGUCAGACGUCAACCGCACGCGCCAAAGCGCAGUAUGACGACGACGACGACAUGGAUUAUGCGUCCGGCGAUGGCACUCACCCAUCCGAUGACUACGAGAGCGACGACGACAUUCCGUUCCAGUUCGAUCCUCGGGUAUCAUCCACAAGUCCUCUGGGCACGUAUCCCAGCCGAUCUGUUCUCCACGGUGCGUUCUCAAGCUAUGGGAGCCAGGAACACCCAGAGGUUGUCGUUGAGCGGCUCAAUUUGGAAUUGGCCGGCUUGCGGAGACAAUCGCGCGAUGCUGUGUCUGCGAAUCUCCGCCUGUCGGAUCAGCUCGCUGAAGCGCAGGCCGAGUCGAGGAGGACCAGGACAGCGCUGAGAGCAGCGGAAGCCAGGUUGGAAGAGGAGAUCAGGAGAAGAAGGCAGGCAGAGCACGCUGCACAUGAGGAAGCACACUUGAGACGAGAGGCUGAGGACGCACUGAUGAUGCUACACUCGCAGAGGAGACCUCCCGGUUAUUCAGGACCACGCACAUGA